CGGCUCCUCUUUUUUCUUUUUUCUUUUCAUUUCUUUUCUUCUCUUCAACCUUGCUUUCUUUUUUUCCCCUUCCUCUUACGUCGAACACGUAAUAACUAGCGGCUUGGUUCUGCUGUUCUGAUUUGAAACGGUACAAGUGUGUAGUAGGUCUGUACGUAUCGCCCUCGUAUAUACUCUGCGACCCCGUCAAUUCCCUGCGCAACAAAACAAUCAUUCUGUCGUUCUCUUGUUUUGUUUUGGUCGGCAGCUCACUAACAAGAGACCCGCACGAUAGUAGAAUAUGAGAGUUCCCUCUGGUUGCUCCAAGCUAAAGCGCCCUGAGAUUAUCGAGCGUGUAAAGGGCCUGAUUUUUGGCGCCGUAUUGGGCGAUAGUCUCGGUAUAGCCACGCAAGGCAUGACUCGGGAUGAAAUCAGACAAGCCUACGGCAAAGGCCCCAUCAAGUUUGGGCUGUCCAAUGAUGAAGACACUGAUGGCCAAGUGCCGUUUCGACGCGAUGGCUAUCGUCGUUUAUACGAUGACAAUGACUACAGUGGCGACAUGGACCAACUGCUCUUGGUGAUCCAGACUCUGGUCGAGAAUGAAGGACAAUUCAACCUCAAAGCGUUUGCUAAGAAACUUGCGAUCCAUUUAGAGAAAGAUGUGCGGCAGCGGACAUCGGAUCAGGUAAAUAUACCGGAGAACGCUUUGGUUCGAUCGGCAGUGUUGGGAGUGCCUAAAUUCUGGGAUGGUACAACUGUGAUUGAGAAUGCAGCAGAAAGUUGCCGUGCCUGUGUCGAUCGGCCUGAUCCCCGGUGCAUGAUCACUUGCGUGAUUCUAUCAACGUUGGUGGCUCGGUACGUUCUACGUGGCUUUUCGGAGGGACGUUGGAGGGGUUCCGAAGAGAAGGGGAAGCUGGCGGAAUAG